AUGCAGGGAGCAACUACCGGAAUCGGCUAUGGUCUUAAAUAUCAAGCAAGAUGCAUUUCCGACGUGAAAGCAGAUACCGAUCAUACCUCCUUUCUGACCGGAACUCUCAGCCUCAAAGAGGAAAACGAGGUGCAUUUGAUUAGGGUUUCCUCCGAUGGUAAUGAGCUUAUUUGUGAGGGUUUGUUUUCUCAUCCUAAUGAGAUCUGGGACUUAGCUUCGUGCCCUUUUGAUCAACGCAUUUUCUCCACUGUCUUCUCUUCGGGUGAAUCGUUUGGAGCUGCAAUUUGGCAAAUUCCUGAGCUUUAUGGUCAGCUGAAUUCUCCGCAGUUGGAGCGUAUUGCUGCUCUUGAUGGACAUGAUUCCAAGAUUAAAUGUGUGCUCUGGUGGCCUACUGGAAGGCAUGACAAGUUAGUUUCUAUUGACGAGCAGAAUCUUUAUCUAUGGAGUCUUGACACUUCAAAAAAGACUGCACAGGUUCAAACUAAAGAAUCAGCUGGCAUGCUACACGAUUUAUCUGGUGGAGCGUGGGAUCCGCAUGAUGUUAAUAAUUUGACCUCAACCUCCGAUUCAUAUAUCCAAUUUUGGGAUCUGCGAACAAUGAAGAAGACAAAUUCAAUUGAGCACGUACAUGCACGCAAUAUUGACUAUGACACCAAGAAGAAAUAUAUGCUUGUGACUGCUGAAGAUGAAUCUGGAAUACACAUUUGGGACACCCGAAUGCUAAAUUUUCCUGUCAUAGAGCUCCCUGGACAUGCUCACUGGACAUGGGCUGUGAAAUGUAAUCCGGAAUAUGAAGGCUUAAUCUUGAGUGCUGGGACUGAUUCGGCUGUGAACUUAUGGCUGGCUUCCACACCCUAUGGUGAUGAUACAACAUCAGAAAGCUCAAUGGAAUCACCCAGUAAGAAUGUGUAUCAGAUGCUGAACUCAUACAGCGACUAUGAAGACAGUGUCUAUGGGCUCACCUGGAGUUCUCGGCAGCCCUGGAUGUUUGCAUCAUUGUCGUAUGAUGGGAGGGUGGUGGUUGAAUCUGUGAAGGCUCAUCUUCCUCGAAAAUGA